AUGCGAACCCUUUCGCAAAACAUGUAUGAUGACAUCACCGGGAAGCCUUGGACCGAUGAGGACUUCAACAAUGCCUUGGAGAGGGCUCGAAACCUGUGGAGAGAAGUCUACCCUGAUUGCCGGAUUAGCUUUCGGGAAAAGUCGGUGGCUCCAACCCCCCCCGGGGGGCCUCCCCCGAAAGGGGCCCCUCGGGACAUUGGCCCGAUAGCCACAGCAGAGCCAGCCUCAGCCUCAGCCUCAAGUGUGAAGAGGGAGCCAUCCUCCACAGCCUCAGCCUCAAGUGUGAAGAGGGAGCCAUCCUCCACAGCCUCAGCCUCAAGUGUGAAGAGGGAGCCAUCCCCCACCGCACCUGAGCCAGCCCCAAAGGUGGAAGAGCCAGCCCCUGUCAAGGAGGAAAAGAUCGGUAUGCCGCCAGGGCUUGUGGAUGAGCUCCAAACCAUGAGCCCAGCACAGAAGAAGGCCAAGCUCAGUGACCCCUACGUGCGGGAAAUGAUUCAGCAGCAGAUCUCUUUCUUGCAGGGCCUUCUUGAAACUGAUGUUGACGGGGGUGAUGGAUGGGACGAGGUGUUGGACGAGAUCUUGACUGACUACGAGAUCCAGCCUCGCAUCAGAGCUAUGAUGGCCGCUGCCAAGAUCUCCCGGAGCCACAAGAUCAAACUAAUGUUCAACAUGCUGCUCCGCUGGGGGAACAAGGCAGAGUCGAAUGACUGGUUGCGCAGGGCAAUUGGCAACUUGGCUUCACAUGUCAUGGCUGAGCACUCAUGCUUUGAAGCAACAUUUUCAAAAAACAUGAUUGAUACUCAAAAAAGCAUUUUCAAAGUUGUCAAGGUUGAAGUGCUUGUACUCCAGGUCAAGAAGAGGUUGAUGCAUCAUCGUCAUCAAAUUGGUGGCGCUGGCGCUGAGCAUGGACUUUUUUCAAUUUGUGGGCCAACUGAGCUCAACUGA